AUGAAGCUAGUCCAGCAGUUAAAAUCAUGGAUUAUAUUUCACAUGUUGAUGGGUUACGUAUUCGUGGCUAGUGGACUUAUUAUUUGUUUUCUCAUGUUAUGUAGCAGUGUAGUGUGGCCGUUUAAUAAACAUCUCUACAGAAAAAUCAUCGUUUAUUUAGCCUACGGUCACUGGGCAUUAUUUAUAGCGUUGGGUGAGUGGUGGUCUGGAUCUGAUUGUCUGCUAUACUGUGAUUAUGAGACGUUGAAUCUAGUGGGUAAAGAACAUGUUCUAGUCGUGAUGAACCACAAGUACGAUAUAGACUGGUUGAUGACGUGGAUUCUAGCUGAAAGAUUUGGUAUGCUUGGAAAUUGUAAGAUCUAUGGUAAAGAAAUGUUAAAAUAUGUUCCAUUGAUUGGUUGGGCGUGGUAUUUCAACGAGAGUAUAUUUUUAAAACGAGACUGGGAAUCCGAUAAAAAAACUAUCGAAGCUGAUUUAAAAAAAUUAACUGAUUAUCCAGACGGUUUCUGGUGCCUAUUAUUCCCAGAAGGUACGAGGUUUACAGAAGAGAAAUAUCAGUCUAGUUUAGAAGUUUCUAGAUCUCGAGGCUAUCCUGAUAUGAAACAUCAUCUUCUACCUAGACCUAAAGGUUUUAUUCUCUCCGUUCAAAAUAUGAAAGGAAAAUUUCCAGCUAUAUUAGAUUUAACUCUUGCCUUCCCUAAAGAUGGCCCCAAACCAACGUUAAUGAAUGUUAUACAGGGGAAAUCUAUUACAGCUCAUCUUAAAGUCAGGAGAAUUCCACUAGACAGUGUUCCUGUAGAAACAGAUGAAGCUUGUUCUGUUUGGUUACGUGAUUUAUUUCAACAAAAAGAUAAAAUAUUUGAAGAUUUUGUAGUAAAACAGAAGUUUGAAGGAGAACCGUAUCGUAUACCGAGACGAUGGUAUAGUUUAUCAGUGACUAUAUUCUGGUUUAUUGUAACGUGUGUUCCGUUAUUUAGAUACAUAGUCAGUGUAUUUUUAUCAGGAACUUUAUUACAACAAAUGAUAUUUAUAGCCGUGAUAACAAUAGCUUCUAUAGGUGUUCGCUGGAUGAUAGGGGUCACUGAAAUCAAGAAAGGCUCACAUUACGGUACAGAGAAGAAAACUCAUUAA